GCUAAGUUGCUGAGCUGGUUUUAAUUGAAGUGUGAAAAGGAGGUUUUAAGGCAGAUACACAACAUCCUGUUGUUCGGGCGCUUGUCUCUUUUUUGCACAUCUGGCUGAACUGGGAGUCAGGUGGCUGAUUUGUGCCUGGCUGUAGCAGCAGCGACCAAGUCCUUUUUACAGUCCUCUGCCUAGGCCCACCCAGAGUCUACCAGGCCAUGGAUGCAGUGACUGUGUAUCAUGGGAAAAUAAGCAGGGAGACUGGAGAGAAGCUCCUGCUUGCCACGGGGCUGGAUGGCAGCUAUUUGCUGAGGGACAGCGAGAGUGUCCCAGGCGUGUACUGCUUGUGUGUGCUGUAUCAAGGUUACAUUUAUACAUACCGAGUGUCCCAGACAGAAACAGGUUCUUGGAGUGCUGAGACAGCACCUGGGGUACAUAAAAGAUUUUUCCGGAAAAUAAAAAAUCUUAUUUCAGCAUUUCAGAAGCCAGAUCAAGGCAUCGUAAUACCUCUGCAGUAUCCAGUUGAGAAGUCCUCUGCUAGAAGCACACAAGGUACUACAGUACUGGGGAUUGAACCUAGGGCCUUGUACAUACCAGGCAAGCACUUGACCACUGCACUAUAUUCCCAGCCCUGAGGGAGAAGAGAUUCUGAUGUCUGCCUGAAAGCACCAUGAAGAAAAAUAAUACACCUUGUACUUUAUUUUCAGUAAUUUAAAUAUAUACUAAGUCUUGUAUAUUGUAGAUAAUAUAGUUCAGUGAGCUAUAAAUGCAUUUCUAACAUCAUCAUAGUCCUGUACUGGAAGUAUGUAGUCUGAUGUUAAAGUUGAAAUGGAUAUUGUAGAUAAUGAGAAGUUUUGAAAUGAGGAUUGAGAAAAAAAAUAAUUCCUUAGGUUAUUUUUAGUAAUUAUAUUUACGAAUAGGAGACAAUUUAAAGCAUAAUGAAUACUUUAUAGAUUAAUGUCAGUUCUUGCCAAGUAUAAAUAAAAAUAAUCCUCUUUUUUUAAUAAAAAGGCACCAUUUUUAGUGAAAUGUUAUUUGAUAGUUACCUAUUUUUAAAUUCUUGCUUGAUUGUAUGGUGGAAAGGUGGUUGGUGUUCCUUGUCUUUGUCACAUGCAGUUCUUCACUCACUAUGGUGUCAUAGACUCUUUUGGGAGUUAUGAAGAAGUGUGCUAAAAUAAGUACUAAAGAGUAAAGAAUUUUGUUUAAAUCUCAAAGAAACCUUCUUGCCAUGUUCUGAUGUUGGGUAGUAAAUUUCACAGACCAUUCUGGAAUUUAAAAUCUUAUGCCUUACAUGUUUAUUGUAUUUGAUGCUCUAGGUUUUGAAAUUAUAUUUGAAAUCUGAUGAACCAUAUUUUUAUUUUCAUUUUUUUCUGUCUCUCUACUACACAUAAAGACUCAUUUGAAGGAACUCUUCAGUAGCUGUGGCUCAUGAUUGAUUUGUGAGCAGUCUCCCUAUUAGGUAACCCUUACAAACCAUCGGAAAGCUUAUGACAUGUUAAUUUUUAACAAUUCUGAGUGAUUGAAACCUGAGUGAGAGUCAAACUUGUAUGCAGUAUUUUCUUCUCACAUUUAUCUAUUCAAUAUUUUUGUGAUUGAUUAUAUGCCGUGUUGCUUCAGGGCUCCCAGAAUUCACUCACUUAACAAACAUAAUAGUGCACUGGGGGUAGAGUAGUAAAAAGAUUUGUUCCCUACCUUCACAAAGUUCACUGGAUAAGAAGACAAUAUAAUAAAAGACAAUAAAGGAAACUAAAAAUGACAAGAAAACAACCACAAUAAAAGUCCAUACAUACUUAAGUGAGGUUCUCAGUGUGUAGGUAGACCUGUCUUUAGAGUUAGAAUGAAUCACCACAAAUACUUUGGUCUACAGUCCAUAGGAAAAGGCUGUUUUAUUGUAAACUAAUAUAUUGGAAUUCUGGGUUAUGCAUGAAUAUUAUGAGCUUGGUUAAUAAUUAAUGAACUGCUUAGAGAGCUACUCUCUGUGUGCUGGUUAGAUCUGAGCAUUUAACAUGAAAGCUAUGAGAAUGCAAAGGUGGAGUAUGGCCAUAGGAAUGCAUGGUGGCAGUUCAUCAUUUCUUGAAGAGCCUUGCUUUAGCUUGUAAAGGAAUUCAGAAAGCCUACUUUUAAAAUAAAAUUUAUAUGAUUAAAUAAACUUUAAAUAUUUGUAGCUUGCAUUUAAAUAUUUAAUACAUGUAACCAUUUUUUUUACUUUUUCUAACUUGUUAAUUCUGGAAUAAUUUUAAAUAUAUGAAUGAUGUUUACUUUUAUGAGGGUCUAUUUUAGAAAAAGUUUUCUGGAAUUAUUAGUUUUUUUUUACAUUCUAAUGUAAAAUCAAAAGUAUUCAAAUGCUUUAUUUACCUAAUUUGUCUUAAAAUAUUCCCUUAAAAAUAUUCAGAGACAGAUGCUAAUUAAUAAACUAAAUAAAGCACUCAUGUAAGCUACCUUACUUAUCUUACUGGACUGAUUCCCUGGAAAAGAUAAAACCUUUUUUACUGUUGUCAAACUUUUCAGUUGAUGAGCCUAUCCUAUCUUCUUUGCUUGAUCUUUUAUUCAUCAAGUUUUUUUUUUUUUUUACUUUUUCAUUACCAACAUGAGCAUCAUUAUUAUUUCUCAGUAUGUAAUAGGUUGCACCUAUACAGAAAGGUCAUAUUCUUGCUGUAUCUAAAAUAUCGCCAUGUUAACAUGAACUGGUAAGGUGCUAAGUCGAGGUAGAAAAAUGCAGAUCUAGUUCCAAGCAUACACCUCUCUUUAGAAAAAAAAAAGUGUCAGCAAGCCCACAAGGAACAUGACAGCUUAUCAAAUACUAGUUUAUUUCCUUUGAAAUUUGUUCUUAAGAGAUAAGGUCAGCUGGGAGACAAGCUUAGGUAAUUGUUUGUUACAGGCAGGGAAACUUGUGGCAGUGCAUAGGUAGAAGAAGUCUACAGAGAAUAUCUCUGAUCAAGUCCUCUGGUAUAAAUAAAGUGCUGGAUUUAAGGUAUUCUUUGUGGUAGAAUGGAUAGAAAAUUUUAAAAUGUGAGAAGUGUUUUCAAAUCUAUUAAGAAUAUUUUGACAUCAGCUCAUGUUUUAUUUGAUUUACUUUAUUGAGCUCAGAAUCUAAAGUCUAUUGAUAAUAAAACGCAGAUUUGCCCUUGAGCAUUUCAAGGUUGCAGGAUGCCUAGUUUUCCUGUGAUGGUAUCAUAAAUUCAACUUUCCCAUCUGUGUUUGCCCUUACAGUAAAUGGGAUACCAUUGUUUUACUGUUUGCAGCUAAGAAUGAAGUUAAAUUAUCUACUUUGAACUUUUUUAUAAUUUGGGAUCACUGGUUAAACUUGUAGUUAAAAGGUUGAAUUCUUAUCAUUGGGUUAUUUGGUUUGUUUUUUAGCCUUUUUUGGUAUUUCAUUAGAGAUAGGGUUUCAAUGAGUUGCUUAGUGCUUCCUUGUUAAUUGCUGAGGCUGGUUUUGAACUUGCUAUCCUCUUGCCUUAAUCUCCCAAGCCUCUGUGAUUAUGGGCAUGUCCCUUCAUACUCAGCAGGGGUUUUUUUGUUUCUUAAAUGAAGAUAUUCUUAAUGUAUGAAUAUAAAACAAACGUGACAAACUGGAUAGAGCAUAUUAACAUACACACACAUCCGUCCAUACACAUAUGUAUCUUGACUACAUGCCCCACUAUGCACAAAAAAGAAAUUGUUCUCACAAGAUGACAGAAGGUGAUGCCACACUCAGUAUUGGACAGAGAGCGAAAGCAGUAAUACAUAAGACCUGAAUUUUUCUUUCACUUCAGUUACGGAAAACCUAUGUGAACUUAGGUAAGAGUUUGUGACUGUUACUGCAUUUGCUGUGGGAAUAAUUAAAUCCUACUUACCUCAUAAAAUUAUUGAGGUACUAGAAUUAUAUAACUUCAAGGUAGUAACAUUGCAAAAUGUUUGAUUACAUUGAUAUUCAAAGAUCUCUAAAAGUAAGGUGAACAGGGAAGAAAAAAAAAAGGAGAAAGCCCAUAUUUCCUUUAAUAAUUCUGCCAAUGUAGAAGUUCCUGCCUUUUUAUUAUUUAUUGUUAUAUUUUUGGUACCAAAGAUUGAACCCAGGGAUGCUUAAACACUGCACCACAUUUCUAGCCCUUCUCUUUUAAAUUUUGAGACAGGGCUUCACUAAGUUGCAGAGACUGGCUUUGAACUUGAAAUCCUCCUGACUCAUCUUGCCAAGCCGCUGAGAUUAAAGGCAUGUGCCACUAUGCCUGUCUUCUUCUUCUUCUUCUUUUUUUAAAUACUCAAGAGUUUGGUAUGUUGUAUGUGUUGAAGAAAAUCCCCAGGUGAUGCUAAUGUCAACCCCCUUUUUGUUGAUAGGCUGUGAAUCUUUUCACUCUGUGUAUAUGUGUGUGUUCCAUGCUAACAUGAACCGGUACAUAUACAUAGAUAUAUACACUUAUACAUACAUACAUACAUACACAUAUACAUGUAUAUAUACAUGUAUAUAUACAUAAGUAUGUUUAUACAUGUGUAUUACAUAUAUAUAUAAACAGGGCAUUUUGAAGUGGUGUACAUUUCAGCAAGGGAUAGUUGGACUCUCUUUGCCCCUGUAGUGUCAAGUUGAAUUUUUUCUUUUGGCCAGUUUCCCCAGUGUCACUUGGAAAUAUCUUCUUGUGAAAAACAAGCAACAAAUGGCAAUUAUAGUUGUUUAUGGCCUAGUGCCUUGGAAGAGCUGUUGUGGUUUUUAGUCUAUUAUGAGUGAACCCCCCUUUAUGUCAAACAUCUGUUUUUUGUCAAAUGCAUUUGGGCAUCCUGGUCUUCUAACUAUCCUUCCCCAGCUUUUUCUACUAUUUUUAAUUUUCUUUCUAUCACUGAGAAAAGCAUCAAAGGGAUAAAGUAAAACCUUUGAAAAAGUCGUAGCCUAGAGGCAUUUAAAUUCACAGCAGCUACUCUUCUUUGUUUAUUAAGUGGUCAUUUGUGUCAGAGAUCCUAUUUGUAUGAAUAAUAAAAAUGAAGAGACACCUGGCUAGGAUUAGUGCCUUUUUGAUUUCUGCACCUACAUUUUCGAGAUGAUGUGGUUUUUAUUAUUCCCCAUCAGGGAGUUACUUUUCCUAUCUCAGGUGACCAGACUGACUUGAGAAUGCAGUUUGGCGCAUGAAUAAACUGGGACACGGUGUUCGUUUGCAAUUUUAUUUUUUAAAAAUGAAAUAUUCAAAGUACUUUUCUUUCAAAUAUCGACACAUAAUGUUUAACUUUAAAUAUUUACAGCAUGUUGUUGUGAUGCUCUUGUAGAAAAAUGCAUGCUUCUGGCCUGAAAGCCAGAGCAAAAUGCAAAAAGACCAUUUAACUGCAGCCAGAGAACAUGAACCGUACAGUAUCCAGUCACUUUUCAGCACAGGAGUGAGAGCAGGAAUACAAAAUUGGAACCUAUUGUUUCCUAGCAACAUGGCUCAGGCCAUUAUAACACAAUUUUCAGUAUGAUUAGAACCUCUAACUGUUGUUAUAUAGAAACUGAAAAUCUUGGCAUACACUGUAAACAUCUUUACUUUUCAUGAGAAAGUAAGCAGCUAAAAAGAAUAUUUUUCUGACGUAAAGGCUAUACUUCUCUUUUUCACCUUCUCUCUUACUGAUGCUUUUGCCAGAAGAAUAGUAAAGAUUUAGACAUUGUCAUGAUUCAUACAAGUAAAAUAUUUUUCAAGGACACAAUCUGAUAUACUAACAUGUAUUUAAGAGGUUAAAGUCCACCACUAAAUCUAAGGAAAGAUUUUUAACUGCCAAACACACUUCCUUUGACAAAUAAUGUAAGGUGACAACUGCCAAGACAACAUCCACAGCAAGUUUAACUAAGUAUUUUCAGUUACCGUUUAGGAAGUAAUUUCUUCUUACACAUAGUUAUAUAUUUGGUCCUCAAUAGCUUUCACAUGAAGGACACACUGAAAUAAUAGUCACUAUUUUGUGUUGAUUUUUUUUUGUUCUUGUUUUCUGUUUUUUUUUUUGUUUUGUUUUGUUUUGCUUUUUCGUGUUUUGCUUUUUUUUGUUUGUUUGUUUUGUUUUUGUUUUCUUUGCAGAAUAAAUAACCAUACAGAAGGCUGUGGAAGAGCAGUCUGGGAACUGAAGCACUAGUCAGGUCAGCUAUGUGUAUGUGACUUCCUCCAAGAAAGCAAGAAUGUUGCAUCUAAUCUGUAGCCUUAUGUUUCCCCAAAACCUAGAAUAUGUUUCAAUCUCUCUGAAAUUUUCUUUUAAUAUUUGACUACUGUACUUUUGCUUCCAUUACCCCCGAACUUUAUUAAAUUGCCUUUAGCAUGAACAUAUCUUUAUAAAUGCAACAACUUUGCCCUGACUCUCUCAGGUGAUAUUACAAUGGGGCCUGGUAUGGUUAAAAAUAUAGCUUGAAGAAAGAAAGGAAGAAAGAGAGAAAGAAGAAAAACAUGAUGGAAUGUCAGAAAUUGUGUCAACAGUGAUUAAUAAGAAGUCUUAAUUUUAUACCUCUCUAUGGAGGUAGUACAUGAAUUCCAAAUUAUACAUUGUCAAGUUUUCAUACAUUUGGGUAUGUUGUAUAUAUAUUAUAUUAUAUGUGUGUACUCUAUAUAUUAUAGAUCUUUUAGAUAAAUUGACAAUACAUGAUGUGUUUAUUUUAUACAUUAUUUUGUUAGGUUAAAAAUAAAACAUACUUAUUUCUA